AUGGCGCCACCAGUUUUCGCCCAAAACCUGACGAAAAAAAGCAACAUGGGGUCUUGGGUAUUGUGCUUCGGUAGGGCCUUGCAGCCAAGAUCAAGAGCGCCCAGCCUCCUGACGCUCGUGCUGGUCCUGUUGUCUCCUACCACACUGUUUUUGUUGUCGACGAAGAACUCCUUCAUCGGCGUGAACAGUGUGGGCGUCGUGGAGGCUGUGAACUUAAAUAUGCCGACGUUGGUUUCAAGCAGUAGACGAGGAAGGAGCGCUGCAAACGCGCCCGAACAAGGUCAACCUCCUCCAGAACCACAAGGUGAAGAAGUAGGUCAACCUCAAGAACCACAACCACAAGUAGAACCUCAAGCCCUACAAGCAGUUUGGGAUCAUGAUGUUCAAAACCCAAGAACUCCUGACCCAAACGCAAACGGCGGUCGCGGCGUCCAAGUAGACGCCCCUCCUGUUUUUGUUCAAGUUAAUCAAGAUGAAGAUGUUUUUGCAGGCGGGCACCCGCCCGCGGCCACUCCAGCAGUCGAUAACGAGGUCGUUCCACACGGCAGACAAGAUGACGCGGCUGCUGGCCGGCUGCAACGAUUAUUGCCAUCAGGAACAAGUACCACUUCGCGGAGCGGUACCGAUAGAAGCAUUCCUCGCGUGCGCCUUGCGCAGCCUCCGCCGCAACAGCAGCUAGUACCGUCGAGAAGAUACGAACCGGAACCCGGGCACCCCGAAAUGCCUGAGAUGGUAACGCCAACGCACGAGCAGGGAGGUGCUGGUGGACCAGCUGCACGAGUGGGGCGAGUGAAUUGGGAUGAUGUUGUGGAUGUGCGAUUCAUCACGCCGCCGGUCAAAGUUGCGCUGGAAAAGGCGCUGAAUCAAAACGAGCCGCUUAAUAUGCGGGUGUUCGGGCUGAUACAGGCUGUCUUGUACAACCUGCGGCAAUACCGGACGCGCUUUCGGCAGAUUUUGCAAGAGGCCCAGCGCAGCGCACUUUUGGCAGACAGCGAGUGGCAGAACUGGUGUAUUGGGCAGGAUGAAGCCAUUUUUGAUGGUGCCAUUGGUGGUCCCGGUAGCGAAGCACGACGAGCACAAGUAGAAGGCGCCCCAAGAAACGAACAAGAGCGCCAGCGGCGCGCGGGUCGCCAAGAAACUUUGAUAGCACGUGACGGCACGAGCGUAGCGGCAGCGUCUGCGGCCGCCACGGUCGGAGGCGCGGUUGGCGCGGCAGCUGUACUUCCCGCAGUGGCUGUCGUUGCGGGCUCGGGCGUUUUGGUCGCCUCGCAGUGCAAGCGAGAGCUUUUGCAACACAGGCGCAAGGUGCUUCCGCCACAUCUACGUCAGAGCUUGCAGAAACGCCUCGACGUGGUGACGCGGCACAUCGAUCUAUUAGAGAUGCUGGAUCCGGACCUUCGUGACCAAAAAUGGAGACAAGUUGAGGCCCAAUUAAACGGAAGAAACCCAGUACUAGAUGAUGCCAAGAUCCACAUUAGGGAGUAUUGUGAAGAUUUGAUGGUGGCGCCACUUUUUGGUGCUCGAGCCAGUGUGACAGACUUACACGGGUUGUGGCACGACCUCGUUUUUGAUAACAAGGAUGGGUAUCGCCUCGCGGAAAAAGCCUACGAAGUUAUCUUUCAGAAGUUUGCGCAUCUCCGGGCCUUCUUUUCCCACCCAAGGCAUUUCUUUGGCGGGAGAGAUAUCUCCGAGUUUCCUGGUUACUUCGACCCGAAAGCCGAUAAGUUGUAUCAACUGAUUCAAUUUCUACGGCCCCUGCUCCUGGAGAGAAUGCUGCAGUACUAGUGUAGUACUACUAGUAAAUAGGACAAUCGACACUACUAUCCGCAGUGAGCGAGCUUUCAAGAGCUACAAUGAAGGAAAGAAGUCCGACGUGUGGUCGGGAGCAGAGUCAUCUUCUCCGACUGUUUUUUGGUCCAGGCAAUCACAAUCGCUAGCCUGAUAUUAAGGUCUUCAGUACACAAAUCAUACAUGAUAUGUAGUGAGGUGGACGACGACAUAGCGAGGUGUUCGGGGAAUAUUAUGAGAUAGAGACUCUCAAUCUACUCAUAAUGUUGCUCUCCGAUCAUCUUUACAGAGAAGAAAAAAACCGAAGCCGUCCAGAUGAAGAUGAUCUUCGUCUCGGCUCCGUUAUGAGUAGUUGCAAGUUGAAGUUGUAGUAAGCACUAGUAGUUUUGAAUGCGACGAGAUUAUUGUGAAGUCAUUGCGAAUGUGAUCUUGAUUAUUGUAGCUAGACAGGAAGUAGGUUGUCCAGCGAUCGUCCUUCGAAGAUGCAACAGAUAUGUGGCUAGUAGUAAAGUUAGUUUCACUGUUUCAGUUUCUUUCAAUUUGUCUCAUGCAUGAACUACAUCAAUGACAAUGUUGACCUGCUACAAGUACAACUUCUCGCGCAACUGAAUAAAACUAAAUGAAUCGCGUUGAUUCAUUUUUUUUUACCGCUUGAACUCCAGGAAACGUCAGGCAUUCCAGCCCGUGACACUACGACCCCCUGCCGCCCUCCCAGCGACCAGCUGGCGCCCGUUCCGCAUCGCGCAAGGGCUGAGCGAC